AUGACGGACUUGAGGGGGGAGAUGAAAGAAAUGGGGGAGAAAUUUGAGGGAAGAAUAGAGGAGACGAGGGAUGAGGUGCGAGAGAUGGGGGAGACUUCGGAGGGGACAACGAGGGGGCAGAUGGGAGAUAUAAAAGAGCUAAUAGAGGGAUCCAUUUGGGAACUGAGGGAGGAGAUGAGGAGGAGAGAUGAGGAGUGGAGGGCAGAGAAGGAGGAACUAAGGGAAAAAAUAGAGGAGCUGGAAGAGAGGGUAAGGGAGAUAGGGGGGAGAGACAGAAGAGAGGGAAGGGGCGAGGAGGAGAGGGAAUGGAAGGAAAAGCUGAAAGAGCUAGAGAGAAGAGUGGAAAUGGCAGACAGGGCGGAGAGGAGGAGAAAUAUAAUAAUUAGGGGGAUAAGAACGGAUAGGGGGAAAGAGAAAGAAGCGGUAAAGGAGGUGUUGAAGAGAAUAGGGGUAGAAGUGGAGGUGGAAAGCGCAAGGCAGGUUGGGCAGAUUGGGGAGAGUGGAAAGGGAAUGGUGGUGCCAAGGCUACAAAAUGAAAUUAUGAAAAAGGAGGUUUUUAGGAAGAAGAGGGAUUUAGGGAGAGGAGGGGAAAGAAUAGAGGAGAACCUUACGCAGAAGGAGAGGAGAAUACAGCGGAAGUUGAGGGAGAUUGUAGAGCAGGAAAGAAGAGCGGGUGGAAGGGCGAUAGUAGGAUAUGGGAAAAUAUGUAUAGGGAACACAUGGUGGAGGUGGAGUGAGGAGGAGGAAAGGUUAAGGGAGUGGGGAGGGCAUGGAAGAGAAGGCAGGGAGGUGGAAGGGGUUAAGGGGAAGGGAAACGGGGAGAGGAGGGAGGAAGGGGAAGGGAGAGGAUAA